AUGACCUUAGUACCAGUUCCGUUCGACGGAAUUGGAUAUCCCUCAUGGAGAAGAAGCAUAUUGCAAGCUUUGUCAGUUAAAAACAAAUUAGGGUUUAUAAAUGGGGAAUCUAGAAGACCUAGCCCCGAUUCACCUCAAUUUCACCAAUGGGAGAGGUAUGAUGAUAUGGUAACCUCAUGGAUGCUUAAUUCCCUCGCCAAAGAGAUUUCUGAUAUUGUGGAAUAUGUAAAUGACUCAGUUGAGCUGUGGAGGGAAUUAGAGGAUCGUUAUGACCAAACAAAUGGGGCAAAAUUGUAUCAGAUUCAGAAGGAGAUUAAUGACCUUGCCCAAGGUUCCUUAGAUAUUACUACAUAUUAUACACGAAUAAAAAGACUGUGGGAGGAACUGAAAACCUUUGAGUGUCAAGUCUCAAUGCAGUUGCAGUUGCACAUGUGGAGCAAAGAAAACUAUGCAUAA